GUGACGGGGGUCCUUCCAGAUGGCUAAAGCGAGUGUGAGUGAGCGGCACCACUGGACAAUUGGCAAUGCGAUAUGAUCAGCAGGAAGCUCUCCAAUGAUGGCAGCGAGACGUAUGUGUAUAUGCCUCGUAUAUAUGUCUCGUAUGUGUGCUUCAGUAGACAGGAGGAGGGAUUCAAGUGCGAGCCCGCGCAAACCACUCUCACAGUCGGUGUUGUUGUCUUCUCUCUGUGUGUGUGUGUUGCUGUUGCGAGCGUGUGUGCCUAUGUGCGCUGUGUAUGGGCCGGCGUGGGUCGUAGCGCUGUGAAGGGAAGGCUCUUGGUAGGGGAGGUUUCCUUCUGAUGUUGAUAGUGUGGGCUCGCCAAAAGGGAUCGAAUACACACGCAAGCUGGG